UAUUUCGGUACUGAUAAAUAUUUUAUCACAAAAUAUGCAUCUUAUCAAAUAAUGUUCCAAUUCGUAUGUACCACCAAAUUGGUCACAUCACUCAUAUUAAAUGGAUCAGCCCUUAAUUUAUGGCGUUGAGUUUCAAGCAAGAUCAUUGUGUUCUCAACAUGCUGAAGUUGAUCAAGUUAGUUUUUUAAUUGGCACACAAUCAUUGAAUACUCAAAAUAAUCAAGUACAUUUAGUUAAAUUACAAGAAAAUUCUAAUACCUUAACAUCACAAGUAUAUGAACAUAAUUGUGGAGAAAUCUGGUCUCUAUCAGCUUCAACAAUAAAUAAGCAAUUAAUAUCCACUUGUUAUGCUGAUACAGAAAAAGAUUGUGAAAGGUAUUCUACACUUUGGCGGUUACCUGAAGAAGAUGGACAAUUAGAAAAAGUUAUAAGUUUUCCAACAGAAAAAUAUGGUAUGGAUAUCAAGGUUACUUCCUUUCACCCAACAAAUGAAUCAUACAUGGCAUCAGUUGUUGAUAAUAAUGUAUUAUUUUGGGAUGUAGAUGAAAACGGAGUGAAAUUGGUUAGUAAUGUUAUUUUGGAUGGAAAAGGACAACCUCGAUUUACAACUGGGAAAUGGAAUCCACAAAGUGUAAAUUUACAAUUUGUUACCUCUGAUGACUGCAAUAUUAAAGCAUGGGAUUUGAGAUGUCAAGCUAAAAUAGCUUGGAGUUUAGAUGGGGCUCAUAAUCAAAUUAUAAGAGAUUUUGAUUUUAAUCAAAAUCGCCAAUUUUACUUGGCUACUUGUGGAGAUGAUGGAUAUUCUAAGUUUUGGGAUAUAAGAAAUACUAACAAACCAAUAAUAACUCGUUCUGAUCAUUCACAUUGGAUAUGGUCAAUUAGAUAUAACCCUGUUCAUGAUGAAUUAGUAGGAACUGCUUCUAGUGAUGGUCAAGUUUUAAUAACUCGUUUGUUUGGUAUAUCUUCUGCAGCACUUGAAAAUGAAGAAGAUAGUAUAAAAACAUCAUUAGAUGAUAAAGUAAUAGCUGUAUGUGAUCAGCAUGAAGAUUCAGUUUAUUGUGUUGAAUGGUCUGCUGCAAAUUCAUGGAUAUUAGCCUCUUUAAGUUAUGAUGGACGCUUGUUGCUUAACAAAGUACCAAAAGAUGAACAGUUGAAAAUUCUAUUAUAAGUAUUUAAAAUAUUUGUUGACUACUGUAUAAAAAAUAUAUUUUAUCAAUAAUUAAAGUGUUUUCAAAUAUAUCAUGGUUUUUUUUCAAAA